CGGAGCUAGUGAGCGGCCUGUCCAAUAACCCUUCACGUUGCUGGGACCUGUGUGUCGAGUGUGUUUGUAUUCACCCCCCACCCCACCCCCCAAAAAUAAGAUGGCAGACUUUCGGGACGACACCGGAGCUCGAGCCCUACUGGCCUUGCAAUCUGCCCCGUGUAGCCCUGUUCGAGUCGGGGUGACCUCACCCGCAUACCCUCCCAAUUUCACCUUCUCGGGCUCUUCGGUCCUGAGCCGGGGCUGCGCAAUGCCUCCUCGCCUCGCGUCCCCUCCUCGGGCCCUGGCCAGGCUCGAAGGCCGGGACUUUGAUUUCGUCAUGCGGCAGCGGACAGUGACUGUAGGCCGUAACUCGUCGCACGGCUCCGUGGACAUAAACAUGGGUCACUCCAGCUUCAUCUCUCGGAGGCACCUCCAGAUCACCUUCGAGGAGCCGUGCGGGUUUUCGCUGCGCUGCCUCGGCAAGAACGGGGUAUUCGUGGACGGCGUGUUCCAAAGGAGAGGCGCGCCACCCCUGCAACUGCCCCGAGAAUGUGUGUUCAGGUUCCCCAGUACAGUGAUAAAAAUCCAGUUCACCUCUCUGCUGUCUGGGGAGGAGUUGAGAGAGGAGGAGCAGCGGUCUCCCCCGCCCCGCCUCACCCUCCUCCCCCACAUCUCCCCCCUCAAGAUCAGCAUUCCCACAAUGCACCAUGAUGACCUGCGACACCUGGUCAGCCCGCUGCCCUCUCCGACAGGGACCCUCAGUGUCCCUAACUCGUGCCCGGCCAGUCCGAGGGGUGCGGGGUCAUCGGGUUAUCGCUACGGACGCAACGUGACCUCUGACCUACAGCUGGCUGCGGAGUUCGCUGCCAAGGCUGUCUCCGAGCAACAGAGGGGCGUUGCCGAGCAACAUGGAGAGUCCGGCGGUGGAGACAGCCCCAAGGAUGAAUCUAAGCCUCCCUACUCGUACGCCCAGCUGAUCGUCCAGGCCAUCUCUUCAGCACCAGACAGACAGCUGACCCUGUCUGGAAUCUACACACACAUCACCAAACACUAUCCCUACUAUCGCACUGCUGACAAGGGCUGGCAGAACUCGAUCCGCCACAACCUUUCUCUGAACCGUUACUUCCUGAAGGUGGCUCGUAGCCAGGAGGAGCCUGGGAAAGGUAGUUUCUGGCGUGUGGACUCGGCCUCAGAGGGCAAGCUGGUGGAACAAGCCUUCAGGAAGAGACGGCAGAGGGGCGUGGCCUGCUUCCGCACGCCGUUCGGACCGCUCUCAUCCAGGAGUGCCCCAGCCUCCCCCACCCACCAGGGUCUCCUCUCCCCUCCCUCCAGUGGUCUUCAGACCCCAGAGUGUCUCUCCAGAGAGGGGUCUCCUCUGUCUCACGAACACCAUCACCACCACGACCUGGCUCAUAAACUGGCCUCCGUACCAGAGUACAGAUAUACACAGAGCGCCCCAGGUUCUCCAGUACACGGCCAGCCUGUCAUCAUGGCCGCCCCGCCCCACCCCCUGCCCUCGGGGAUGGGUAAACCCCUAACCUUGUUCUCAGGCCCAGGAGUCGCUGGAGGACAGACUCUCCACAUGCUACAGAGCCCCCCCAACACCCUCACCAUGCUCCGUCUGGUCACCACGGCUACGGCCUCCCACCCUCCAAACGGGUACAUCCUCACCCCCGGCGGGGGGCAGAGUCAUGGUAGUACCGGCGCUGGCCAGCAGGGAGCAGAGGGCGCCAGCGAGCAGAGAGACACACAGCAGCAGCAGAAUAGGGAGCGAGUGAUCCAGUCAUUGGAGGGAGCUCAGCAGGGAGGUCAGGGGUCAGAGGGGCGUAGCCUAUCUCUGGGGCUACACCAACUUCCUGUCCGCCCUGUCACUCAGAACGGCAAACACACUGCCGUCGCCACGGCUACCGGCGUCGCCAACGCUUACGCUCUGACCAGUCCUCUCCAGAUCCUGGCAGCCCAGGCCUCCAGCUCCCCCCCAGUCCUGGUGAGCAGACAGCCCAGCGCGGGGCCUGAUGUUGGGCCGGAGGUGCCAGGCGACCCCCAGGCUAAGAGGCCUAAGAUGGAGGAGGACGAGGGGGCUCCUCCCAUUCAGCAGCCGGUCAUCGUGGCUAUGAGUUCUCAGCCACACGACAACAGGAAGUAGAACUGCUGAAGUCUAACCCCUGACCUGGUGUCUAGAGGAGGAGGAACCUCUCUGGGUGAACCAUCUCACCAGUCUGCCCUCUGACCCCUGACCUCAAACCUCCUACUGAUAGCUGUCCCGGAACUCUUACUGAAAAGUCAUCCAUAACUGGUAUUGAUUAAUAACUACCAGUGAUCAAUAAGCCUGUCCCUGACCUUUAACCCCUGACGCCAGAUCUCCCUCUGUAGCGCCAUUUGAAACGCCCCCCCAGGUGUCACCAGGUAGAUAAAGGUUUGUCCCAAAUGGCACCCUAUUCCCAACAUAGUGUACUACUUUAGACCAGAGCCCUAUUCCCAACAUAGUGUACUACUUUAGACCAGAGCCCUAU